CAAACCAGUGUUCAGUCCGUGCUGACGCUUUCGACCGUCGAGGCUGAUCUCUUUCUCUUGUUUCUCAGUCACAAAACCUGUGGCCUCCAAAGCUCUCGUUCUUUCACUUCGCAACCGCCUUACCUUGACUACCAAAAUAACAGCAAUCAACAACAACAAAAAAAUACCCGAAAUAAUAUCCCACUUCACAAAAAUACCCCCGUCAUUGUAGGACAGAGCCCAUUCGUGCUAGUGCCGCUAGAUUAGGUUCUUUUCCGCGCAGAUGCGGACAAGGUGAGUGCGCGUGAUGAGUCCCAAUCGCACGGUGUGACAACGGUGUGUCCAAUUUCAGGCAAAAGAUGGCGACUUUUAGCUCUCCCCUAUUAAGUCCACAAGUUAAUGCCAAUUGACUUAACGGACUAUUUUUGAUUGAGCUCUAGUAGAUUGCUAGAGAAGUGGACGUGAAUUUCCCCCCUAAAACAGAGUGUAAUUUUGUAAAAACUCUGAUGGGCUUGCUAUCGACGCAACAGACGCUAACAACUGUGUCACCAUAAAUACUCUUGGCAAGUGUGUGUUUACAUAUGUUUAACUGGACAUAGAUUUUCUUUGGUGAAGAAAAGAAAAUAACAUUUAAGGAUUUCUGAGAGGAACAAAAGAGUUACAAUCAGUUAUUGGAAAAGUUCACAAAACAACAAUCACUUCCAGUACCAAGCCCUUCAACUCCAUCAUAGUGAGAUUGUUGUUUUGCUGUGAUUUUCGAUACACACAGAAGGUCAAUUGAAGAUGGCUGACCUAGAAGCAGUGUUGGCUGAUGUCAGCUAUCUCAUGGCAAUGGAGAAAAGUAAAUGCACUCCUGCAGCCCGUGCUAGCAAAAAAAUCAUACUUCCCGACCCAAGUGUCAGAAGUGUUACCCAAAAGUAUUUAGAAAAAAUUGGCGAAGUCAAUUUUGAUAAGAUCUUCAACCAACGAUUAGGUUUUCUACUUUUUAAACAAUACUGCGAGGAAGUCAGCGAUGAACCUAUACCUCAGUUAGCGUUCUACGAAGAGAUAAAACGUUACGAGAAACUGGAAACAACAGAGGAGAGGCGGAAACUUGCGCGGGAGAUUUAUGACAACUUUAUCAUGAAGGAACUACUCUCGCAUACACACAGUUAUUCCAAAGAGUCUGUGGCUCACGUCCAGAAAUACUUGACCAAAAACGAAGUCCCGACUCAUCUGUUCGAGCCUUACAUCGACGAGAUCUUCACCCGCUUACGGGGCGACAUCUUUCGAAAGUUUGUCGAAAGCGACAAGUACACCCGCUUCUGCCAGUGGAAGAAUCUCGAACUCAAUAUCCAGUUGACGAUGAACGACUUCAGCGUCCACCGGAUCAUCGGCCGUGGCGGUUUCGGCGAAGUCUACGGCUGCCGGAAGGCCGACACGGGCAAAAUGUACGCCAUGAAAUGCCUGGAUAAGAAACGCAUCAAAAUGAAACAAGGCGAAACGUUGGCUCUCAACGAGCGCAUCAUGCUCUCUUUGGUCAGCACAGGCGCCGACUGCCCUUUUAUCGUCUGCAUGACCUACGCCUUCCACACGCCGGACAAACUGUGUUUUGUGCUCGAUCUGAUGAACGGCGGCGACCUGCAUUACCAUCUCUCACAGCACGGCGUCUUCAACGAACAGGAGAUGCGUUUCUACGCCGCCGAAGUCAUCCUAGGUCUGGAACACAUGCACAGGCGAUUCAUCGUCUACCGCGAUUUGAAACCUGCCAACAUCCUCCUAGACGAACACGGCCACGUCCGCAUCUCGGAUUUGGGAUUGGCUUGCGACUACUCCAAGAAGAAACCUCACGCUAGCGUAGGUACGCACGGCUACAUGGCGCCGGAAGUCUUGUCGAAGGGGACGGCCUACGAUUCCAGCGCCGAUUGGUUCAGCUUCGGCUGCAUGCUGUACAAACUGCUCAAAGGCCAUUCGCCGUUUCGCCAGCACAAAACGAAAGACAAGCACGAGAUCGACCGGAUGACUUUGACCAUGAACGUCGAAUUGCCGGACAACUUCUCCAACGAGCUGAGAACUUUACUGGAAAGUCUGCUGCACCGUGACGUCGAUAAGCGACUCGGAUGUCGAGGAAGAGGGGCGGAAGAGGUCAAAGAUCAUCCGUUCUUCCUCGGAGUCGACUGGCAGCAAGUCUACAUGCAAAAGUAUCCACCUCCGCUGAUUCCGCCGCGAGGCGAAGUCAACGCGGCCGACGCAUUCGACAUUGGAUCCUUUGACGAGGAAGACACCAAAGGAUACAAGUUGACCGAGAAGGACCAGGAGCUGUACCAAAACUUUCCACUGGUCAUCUCUGAGCGUUGGCAAUCGGAAGUCGCCGAGACGGUGUUCGACACCAUCAACCAGGAGGCGGACAAAGUCGAAGCGAAGAAGAAGUCCAAACAUCGGAAAUUCGAUCUCGACGAGAAAGACUCGGACUGUAUCCUUCACGGGUACAUCAAGAAACUGGGCGGACCUUUCGCUUCGGCCUGGCAGACCAGAUACGCCCGUCUCUACCCCAACCGGUUGGAAUUGCACUACGAGUCGUCUAGCUCCAAGCCCGAGCUCGUUUUGAUGGAUCACAUUGAAGAGAUCAAUUCCGAACUGACGACCUUCAAAGGAGAGCAGAGCAUCCUCUUGCGCACCAAAGAAGGCGGCCGGGUUGUGCUCACCAAUCAGGACGAAAUCGGCUUGAAAGAAUGGCUUCACUCGUUGCGAACGGCGCACAAAGGCUCUGUGGAGCUGCUGGCCAACAUGGCGCGCAAGGCCGGCAAGAUCUACGGUACGGACCUCGACGCCAACAACCGUCAACUUACGCUGCACAACAGUCCCCUGGCCUCGAGAAGCACCAAUGGCACUUAAGCGAUCUUUGUCACGAGGCGUUGCAAAGGAAGGAGGAAAACGAAAUUUCAAAACUAAAAAAAAAAACUGAAGAAGCAAAAAAAGGAUGAAAAGGUAUAGGGGGUAAUGAAAGGAAUCCGGACAAAAGAAUCUGUAGACCGAUUGUAUUGCAUUCAAUCUUUGAAGACGAACGGAGCAAAAAUGUGGGACAGACAUCCAUUCAAUUUGUACUCUUUCGACUGCAAACCAUUCGAUACGGUGGGGCGAAAAAAGAUUGAUAUUGAUUGGCUGAUUUACUAGUCCCUUUCCCGAAUUGCUUUGGGCCCUCUGUAUUUUACCUGUUUUUUUUACUUUAAUUAUUUUUUUUAUUUCUUCGUCAGCUGCUUUUUCUUCUCUUAGUUACUCUCCCUCACUUCGUUGGACGUGACAAGCAUUAUUGCCUUCACGCUGCGCGCCAUGCUUGGCAGAAUCGGAAGUAGGCCUAAACUGAGACAUUGGGCCCACACCAGAGAGUUAAAGGGUCCGGCCCCUGACCAAUGUAGACGAAAGAGAGAGAGGGGCUUUUAAACAGAAGCGUUGAGAUUGAAUCCCCACGGCCAUUAUUUUCUUUCUUUUCACUAUUUUUUUUUUUUUCGCUCUUCAUUUUGUGUUUGAUUCUGCAUGACUGAUAUUAUUCUUAAUUUCCCAAUCCAAUUAUACGAGGUGGGGUCGCUGUCGCUCUUUUUCGUUCUCAACAAAGAUGUCAAACGACAAGUUUUCUUGUCCAGUUUACCCUUAGCUGUGCACACAUUCUGAUAGUUUAAUUAUUUUUCUGACAAUGAACGAAUGAUGGGAGAUUCAAGUCGUCGCAAGUUAUCGAUUUGUCACGAAAUCGUGAUGAGAGACGUGAAUGCCGCUUUUCUGUUUAUCUUUAAAUUUCUGUUGGGAAAAGUCCUAGUCGACACGCACCUUCGCGAGCAUCCCCACCCGUUUGUACACAUUGUACAGGAAAAACAAAAAACAAAAAACAAAAAAAAAAACUGCUUCUCCUUUUUCUCUCUCCAGUGCCGCGGUCCCAGUGUGUCUUUCUAUUCGAAAACAACACCUGGGGUCGCGUGAGAGAUUGAUUCUCGCACAUGUCGAAUGAUCAAACGCACGCAAAGUGGGCCGUGAUGGAUAAAAUGGCCCAGUGACUGUUUACUUUUUCUUCUUCUAUAUCUCUUUAUGGCUUUUUUUGUUUCCCCCCGUUCCUCUGAAAAGUAUUCUACGCUUUUUGGUGGGUUUUAUUUUACGUUCGGUCGUUGGUUUUAUAUACGUAUGAUACAAUAAUGUUUUGGUUUGUUUGCUUGUUCGUUUCUCCUUUCGAUUGGCCAUAUUUUAUUUCAUACUUGCGUAUUGUUGAUCCGAUUCGAGGAUUCGCGUGCCAAGCUCAUUCCUUUUAUUUUUCCUUUUUUUUUUUCACGUCUUCCCGCCCCCUCCCCCCAUUUCCAUGUGGUUUUUAUUGAUCGGGUCGAUGCAUGGACGAGACGUGAACCAAGUGUGUGCAAUAUAUAUUGUCCAAUUCCACCUGCCCCAUUGUCCAGAAGCUAGAAUAUCUUAACGUUCCGUGUGGGGUCUACCGUUUCUUCUUUAUAUUCAAACGGAGCUGGGGCUAAAACGAUAACGGGACGAGAAAGGAGAUAAAAGUGAAAGCCAUUUCUAUAAACGAUAAUUUUAUUUCCCUUUAUACAUAAAUAUUGGUUUAAUCGUGUUCUGCAAGCUGCGUUGACGUCUCUUAUCAUUAUUUUUUAACUGUCUCUUUUGAUAUAUAUUUUUCUUUCCCUCCCCGUAAUGCGGUAGUGGGCGCUCUAACUUGGGCUUUUGAAUUCAAUAAUUUUUUUUGUCAUUUGAUACGUUCAGUUUUUGUCAAUGUCACCCCCGUUCGAGAUAAAAAAAAAAAAUAUUGUUGCCCUUUGUAUUUUUUUUUUCAUGCCUCCCUUCCUUGAAAUUGUCGGAUCGUUUUUCUAUAGUGUACAUUGUUCGACCAGUUGAUGAAGCCAUUUAUUAUCUCUCCCCCCCGUUCAAUCCAAUGUUGUGUUGUGCGCGCAGAAAAAUUGACAACAUUGAUGAAGUGAUGGAUAACGCCGUUUUGAAGAAGGAACAAAAACAUUGACCCAAAUGAAACAAACAAAUGAAAUCUAACCCAUUCAACUUGUAAUAUCUGCUCCCGAAAGAACGACGCAAAAUUAAACGAGAUAGUCUUGAA